AUGGGCAGCUGUACAUCUCGCCCUCUCCCUCCCCGGUUUCAACGCCGUCCUGCAAAACUAUCCCGAGCCCGGAUCCGCAAAUCCCGCAUCUCGCCCUCGAUCUUCACCACAGCUAGCCAGCCAGAACCUAUCAAGCCCGGCUGCGGCUCCGCCCCAAGAUCCCACUCCUCCUCCACGUCCCGCUCCGGAUCCUCCGCACCUAGCUCCAAUCCCACGCAGUCAAAGACGACAACGGCAACAACACCACUCAACGACACGCAGACGCAGCUCCAGCCACCCACUCCCCAGAAGGAAGGCGCUCCAGCCGCCCCCGCCCUCCCCGUCCCACCGCAAGCUGCAACCGGCUCCCCGGCCUCGACAUCCACCGCCGAUCUCGAGCUGCGCAGCGUGCAGCCCCUCCUGGGGACCCUCAUGCACGCCAUCCGCGCCUACUCCUUCCACCGCGUACAGAGCCAGACGCAGACCCUCGCCGACCUGGCCGCCAUCAUCUCCUCGCUCCCGCCCGCGGUCCCGCCGCGCACGCUGGAGGCGCUGCGCGAUCUCGAGCGCGACGUGGCGCGUCUGUACGCGGCCCAGAAGGCGCUCUUCAGCCAACUCUUUGAGCCCGCGCUGAGCGAGGCGGGCUCGCUGUGGAGCGAGUUCCUGGCCCUGGACCCGGAGGGCAGGAGGCGUGCGGCGCGGAAUCUGGAAAGGGGGGGGGUGCUGAUGCGGAUUUUUGAUGGGUUGGGGAAGGUGAGGGCUGGGUGUGAGGAGGUGCUGGCGAGGGACGCGGAGGUGGGUCGGAGGUUUCAGGCGCUGUUUGAGGGGGUUUGGGAGGAGUUGAGAGAGGGGGAGGGGGAGGUGGGUGGGGGUGUGGUGAGUGCUUGUAUGCGCUGGCUGGUGUUGAAGAUUGUGGAGGCGAAGAGGAGGGAGGGGUUGGGUGAGAGGAUUGAAUGGGUGAAGAAGGGGAGGGUGGAGGUUAGUGUUGCUCUGUUGGCUGUUGUGGAAGGCUUGAGGGAGGAUGAUUAA